AUGGACCAAGAAGAAGAACAAGAUCACGAGGCCUUGGAGGAGACACAGAUAGGUGGUGAGCUAGAUCCCCUUCCAGAUCACCUUGCAAGCGCAGAUCUACUGGACGUGUUGGCAGUGAGGUCCAGAGGAGAAGAGGAAGAGCUAGGGGACAGCCAUGGAAGUCAGCAUGGUUCUUCAGAGGCUCAGCAAGGUGGCUGUGAGGAGGAAGAGGAGGCUAGGCUGCCUUGCUCUGAUAUCAGCCUGGUAAAAAGACAGGAGAGAGGGGCGGCAGGCGCCUCGGGAGCCCCUCGUGCAGAGCGGCCCACCAUCUGCUCUGAGUGUGGCAAGGGCUUCAGUCGGAGCAUCCACCUCAUCCAGCACCAGCGAAUGCACACUGGGGAGCGCCCCUUCCUGUGUGGGGAGUGUGGCAAGGGCUUCAGCCAGAGCUCCCAUCUCAUCCAGCACCGGCGGGUUCACACGGGCCAGAAACCCUACACUUGUGCCGAGUGUGGGAAGAGCUUCAGCCAGAGCUCCAACCUCCUCAAGCACCAGCGCAUCCACACCGGGCUCAAACCCUACGUGUGCAGCGAGUGCGGGAAGAUCUUCAGCGACAGCUCCACCUGCAUCAAGCACCAGCAUAUGCAUACAGGCGAGCGGCCCUACAAGUGCCCAGCCUGCGGAAAAAGCUUCAGCCAACACUCCCACCUCCUUCAGCACCAGCGAGCUCAUGACGGCAUCCGGCCUUAUGCCUGCGGGCAGUGUGGCAAACGUUUUGGGCAGAGCUCUGACCUCAUUAACCAUGCUCGUACCCACACAGGCGAGAAGCCUUACAAAUGCAGCCAGUGUGGCCGGGGCUUCAGUGGCAACUCCAACCUCAUCAAGCAUACCCGCAUCCACACUGGGGAGCAGCCGUACCGCUGCACCCAGUGUGGGGAAAGCUUUCGGUUCCAGCCCCAGCUGGUGCGCCACCAGAAGCACCAUACGGAGUAG